AAUCGCAAGCCGACCUCACCACAAACAGUGUCCUGUCGUGGAGGCCCCGGCCCCGUACGCCACGCCGCCCACCUGCUCCCUCCAUCGCUUGCCCGCUCCGCCUCCUCCGUCCUCCAUGGACGCCCACGCGGCCACGUCUCCGGGGCUCCACCACCUCUCCCGACCUCCCAUGGCGGCGCUGGGCGCCGCGACCACCCGCGCAGCAGCUCCCGCGGCGCCGCGCGGCAACAACCGGCACCCGCGGCACCGCGUCGCGGCGCGCCGCGGCCGGGCCGCCCUGGCGAGGAGGUUCGAGCUGCGCGCGAGCGUCUCGCCCGCCGUCACAGCCGACGCACCCGACGAGGCGGCCGCGGAGCCUCUGGUGGAACCGGCGCCGGAGAUGAAGCUGAGCAAGCUGGCGUGCCCAAUCUGCUACUACCCCCUCGUGAGCGCGAGCGAUCAGUCAGGUGAUGCUGCGAGUCUCGAGUGUUCUACCUGCAAAAAAGUGUACCCCAAUAAGCAGGAUUACUGGGACCUUACAGUGGCAGUUGGUUCGUCCGAGUACUCGGAGUCCAUGCCAGCAGCAACUGAAUUAUUCAGGACUCCGCUGGUAUCAUUUCUUUACGAGAGAGGAUGGCGCCAAAAUUUCAUAUGGGGUGGUUUCCCGGGCCUAGAGAGAGAGGUCAUGCUGCUUAAUUAUAUUUUUGAAAUGGCUAAAACUUAUUUGAAGCCGACAAUUGGAGGGACCGUUGUUGAUGCAAGUUGUGGAAGUGGCCUGUUUUCAAGAUUAUUUGUUAAGAGCAGACUACAUUCUCUUGUUGUGGCACUAGAUUUCUCAGAGAAUAUGUUGAAGCAGUGCAAUGAAUACAUCAAGCGGGAAAAUAUUUCAGAUGAGAGAUUAGUAUUGGUGAGGGCUGACAUAUCCAGACUCCCUUUUGUGAGUGGCUCAAUUGAUGCUGUGCAUGCAGGUGCUGCAAUUCAUUGUUGGCCAUCACCAGCUUGUGCUGUUGCAGAAAUCAGUAGAGUCCUUCGCCCAGGGGGAGUUUUCGUUGCUUCUACAUUCGUAGCAGAUGUUAUUCCGCCAGCUAUCCCGAUAUUGAGGAUUGGACGCCCGUACAUUAGCCAAUUCACUGGCAAUAAUACCUUCUUAUCCGAAGUGGAGUUUGAAGAUCUUUGCAAAGCAUGUGGGUUGGUUGAUUUCAAAUUUGUCAGAAACGGGUUCUAUAUAAUGUUCUCUGCUACUAAAGCAAGCUAAUUAAAGAGCUGUGAUCAUCCAGAAGUUUAUGACGGGAUUCCUCAGUCUGAUGCUUCAACUGGUGAAUAAGAUGUUUUAUAAUUGUGUUUGGUGGACUAUACUCAAUUAUCUUCGAUGAUGUCAUGAUAAAAGUUAAAUUUGUUGCUACAGGUUUCUUUCUAUGGAUGACUCCCUUUACUCUCAGGGAUGCUAGUUUUGCUCAAGGGACGUGUCAUAUGAUUUGUGAGUACACAUGUUUAACUUGAUGACAGCAUUAUGGCAUGGAUUAUAUCAAUUCAUUGUAUAUAGCCUCAGAGAUGUUACAAUUACAUAAUUUAUCUACUACUCGUUAGUGUUGAUAUA